UUCAGUCAGUCCUAGCUAGUUAAUCUCUCUGCCCAGUAUUCCCUGUUCAAUUGAUUUGAGACUUACACAAACUUUAGAAGUAGCCAUUUUUUACUCGAUGAGUCUCCUAUAGUUUCGUGGCAGGUUGCAAAGCACACUACUUAUACAUAUCUUUCUCACUUGACUACUACCCCACAUAUUGGAACCCACUGUAAGGAGUUUUAUUUAUGGAGAUAAAUUUUGCUAAUUUUCAUUUUCAUUGGAUUUAUGGAAUCAAAUUCCGCAUAAGAGGUGUGAUACGUACACUAGGAAAAAAUGGUUGCAGAAGCUACUAUGGGUGUAAUAAAUAUUACAGGAGUUUUAGUUGGAAAUGAAGGAGUUGGAAAAACUACUUUCCUUUAUCGUUACAUUACUGGUUCUAUUCCUGGCGAGUAUCCUCCUGAAAAUCUUUCACGGUCAGUUGAUGAGUUGGUUGAUAAUAAACGAACUUGUAUUGAUCUAUUGGACACUCAAACUAAUGAAGAUUAUGACAGAUUGAGAUUACUUGCUUAUUCUAAAGCUGAUGUUUUCUUAAUUUGUUUUUCUCUUGUUGAUCGUUCGUCUUAUGAUGAUGUUAAGAGAAAGUGGUAUCCAGAGGUUUCCAGUUAUUCUCCUGAUGUCCCAGUUGUUCUGAUUGGCACCAAACUAGAUCUGCGUGAUGAUAAGGAAAGUGCUCAAGAAAGUGAAACUCCUACAACAAUAAUUGAAGGGUUAGAACUUCAAAAAGAUAUUAAUGCUGCAAAAUAUAUUGAGUGUUCCUCAAUCACUGGGAGACAAGUACAUGAUGUCGUUGAAGAAGCCAUUAGAGCUGUUUUAAACCAAACUAAGAAAAACACCAAAUGUGGUGUCUUGUAAAAGUAUUACUGACUGAAUUUUGUUUAUACAUUGUACAAUGUGCAGUUUGUGAUACAUCUACUAUUCAUAUUUGAGUAAUUAUAGUAAUUUUUAAAUUUUUCUUUUAUAAGAAAACAUAACUGAUGAUGACUCCAA